AUGUCCACCCCGAGCAGAUUCAAAAAGGACAAAGAGAUCAUAGCCGAGUAUGAAAGUCAAGUCAAAGAAAUUCGAGCUCAACUGGUAGAACAACAAAAAUGCCUGGAGCAGCAAACGGAGAUGCGAGUUCAGCUUCUCCAGGACCUGCAAGAUUUCUUCCGGAAAAAAGCCGAGAUUGAGACGGAAUAUUCUCGGAACCUAGAGAAGUUAGCGGAAAGGUUCAUGGCCAAAACAAGAAGCACUAAGGAUCAUCAACAGUACAAGAAAGACCAGAACCUGUUGUCUCCAGUGAAUUGCUGGUAUUUGCUCCUGAACCAAGUGAGGAGAGAAAGCAAAGACCAUGCCACCUUGAGUGACAUCUAUCUGAACAAUGUGAUUAUGCGGUUCAUGCAGAUCAGUGAGGAUUCCACCAGGAUGUUUAAAAAGAGCAAAGAGAUUGCAUUCCAACUUCAUGAGGAUUUAAUGAAGGUUCUUAAUGAGCUUUAUACGGUGAUGAAAACAUACCAUAUGUAUCAUGCAGAGAGCAUCAGUGCUGAAAGCAAGCUGAAAGAGGCCGAGAAACAAGAGGAAAAGCAAAUUGGAAGAUCUGGUGAUCCAGUCUUCCAUAUUAGACUAGAAGAGAGACACCAGCGGCGAAGCUCUGUGAAGAAAAUUGAAAAAAUGAAAGAAAAGAGACAAGCAAAAUAUUCAGAAAAUAAGCUAAAAUCAAUUAAGGCACGGAAUGAAUAUCUUCUAACGCUUGAAGCAACCAAUGCCUCAGUUUUCAAGUAUUAUAUUCAUGAUCUUUCAGAUUUAAUUGAUUGCUGUGAUCUUGGCUACCAUGCAAGUCUGAACAGAGCACUAAGAACAUAUCUCUCUGCGGAAUAUAACCUUGAAACUUCCAGACAUGAAGGCCUAGACAUUAUUGAGAAUGCAGUUGACAAUUUAGAGCCCAGGAGUGAUAAGCAGAGAUUCAUGGAGAUGUACCCUGCUGCAUUCUGUCCACCAAUGAAGUUUGAGUUUCAGUCUCACAUGGGUGAUGAGGUGUGCCAGGUCAGCGCCCAGCAGCCAGUCCAGGCGGAGCUGAUGCUCAGGUACCAACAGCUACAGUCCCGCCUUGCCACACUCAAAAUCGAAAACGAGGAGGUUAAGAAAACAACUGAAGCCACCUUGCAGACAAUACAAGAUAUGGUCACCAUCGAGGACUACGAUGUUUCGGAAUGCUUCCAGCAUAGUCGCUCCACAGAGUCUGUGAAGUCUACUGUUUCUGAAACCUACCUGAGUAAGCCCAGCAUCGCCAAGAGAAGAGCUAACCAGCAGGAAACAGAACAGUUCUACUUCAUGAAACUCAGAGAAUAUUUGGAAGGCAGCAAUCUCAUCACAAAACUUCAAGCCAAACAUGACUUGCUGCAGAGGACCCUUGGAGAAGGUCAUAAAGCUGAAUAUAUGACUACGAGGCCUCCAAAUGUUCCCCCUAAGCCCCAGAAACACAGGAAGUCCAGACCCCGCUCACAGUAUAAUGCUAAGUUGUUUAAUGGGGAUUUGGAAACAUUCGUCAAGGACUCAGGACAGGUCAUCCCCCUCAUUGUGGAAAGCUGUAUUCGGUUCAUCAAUCUCUAUGGUCUUCAGCAUCAGGGGAUUUUCAGAGUGUCUGGUUCCCAGGUGGAAGUCAAUGACAUUAAAAAUUCAUUUGAGAGAGGUGAAAAUCCUUUGGCUGAUGACCAGAGUAACCAUGACAUUAACUCAGUUGCUGGCGUUCUAAAGCUCUAUUUCCGUGGGCUGGAAAACCCCCUCUUUCCUAAGGAAAGAUUUAAUGAUCUGAUUUCUUGUAUCAGAAUAGAUAAUCUCUAUGAGAGGGCGCUGCACAUCCGCAAACUCCUCCUAACCUUGCCCAGGUCGGUCCUUAUCGUGAUGAGGUACCUCUUUGCCUUCCUCAAUCAUCUUUCACAGUACAGUGAUGAGAACAUGAUGGACCCCUAUAACCUGGCCAUUUGCUUUGGCCCAACAUUGAUGCCCGUCCCAGAAAUACAGGAUCAAGUGUCUUGCCAGGCUCACGUGAAUGAAAUUGUCAAAACCAUCAUUGUCCACCAUGAGACUAUUUUCCCAGAUGCAAAAGAGCUGGAGGGCCCUGUUUAUGAGAAAUGUAUGGCUGGCGAUGACUACUGUGACAGCCCAUACAGUGAGCAUGGUACAUUGGAGGAAGUGGACCAAGAUGCUGGGACAGAGCCCCACACCAGCGAAGAUGAAUGUGAGCCAAUCGAAGCAAUAGCCAAGUUUGACUAUGUGGGGCGUUCUGCCAGAGAACUGUCCUUCAAGAAGGGUGCCUCCCUGCUGCUGUAUCACCGCGCGUCCGAGGACUGGUGGGAAGGCAGGCACAACGGGCUUGACGGGCUUGUGCCCCACCAGUAUAUAGUGGUGCAGGAUAUGGAUGACACGUUUUCAGACACUCUGAGCCAAAAAGCUGACAGUGAGGCCAGUAGUGGGCCAGUCACUGAAGACAAGUCCUCAUCCAAGGACAUGAACUCCCCAACAGACCGCCAUUCUGAUGGCUAUUUAGCCAGACAAAGAAAAAGAGGAGAGCCACCCCCUCCAGUAAGGCGUCCUGGCAGGACCAGUGAUGGCCAUUGCCCCCUUCACCCCCCACAUGCCCUGUCCAACUCCUCAGUUGACCUGGGGUCCCCAAGCCUGGCCAGUCACCCCCGGGGCCUGCUGCAGAACCGUGGCCUCAACAAUGACAGUCCUGAGAGGAGGCGCCGGCCCGGCCACGGCAGCCUGACCAACAUUAGCCGGCACGACUCCCUCAAGAAGAUCGACAGCCCUCCUAUUAGAAGGUCCACAUCGUCAGGGCAGUACACGGGCUUCAAUGACCACAAGCCGCUGGACCCAGAGACCAUUGCUCAGGAUAUUGAAGAGACGAUGAACACCGCUUUGAGUGAACUACGAGAACUGGAGAGACAGAGUACAGCAAAGCACGCCCCCGACGUGGUGCUGGAUACCUUGGAACAAGUGAAAAACUCUCCCAUCCCUGCCACUUCCACGGAAUCUCUCAGUCCUUUGCACAACGUCACUCUCAGGAGCUCUGAGCCUCAGAUUCGACGUAGCACUAGCUCCUCCAGUGACACAAUGAGUACUUUCAAGCCUAUGGUGGCACCCAGAAUGGGCGUACAGCUGAAGCCCCCAGCCCUCAGGCCGAAACCUGCUGUUCUUCCAAAAACAAACCCCACCAUAGGACCCGCCCCGCCUUCCCAGGGUCCAACAGACAAGUCUUGCACGAUGUAA